CCAUUUUAAUUUUCUUUAUUGCGGACGACUCGAGGACUUGCCAUUAUGAGUUCGUUAAAACUGCAGAAAAGGCUAGCCGCCUCCGUUAUGAGAUGUGGCAAAAAAAAAGUUUGGUUGGACCCUAACGAAAUUAAUGAAAUUGCCAACACCAACUCACGCCAAAAUAUUCGCAAGUUGAUCAAAGAUGGUUUGAUCAUCAAAAAACCUGUGGCUGUUCAUUCUAGAGCUAGGGUACGCAAAAAUACUGAGGCCAGGCGUAAAGGUCGUCACUGUGGUUUUGGUAAGAGGAAAGGUACUGCCAAUGCCCGUACUCCACAAAAAGAUUUGUGGAUUCAGCGUAUGAGAGUACUUCGUCGCUUACUCAAAAAAUACAGAGAAACAAAAAAAAUUGACGGACAUCUCUAUCAUACGUUAUAUAUGAAAGCGAAAGGUAAUGUUUUUAAGAAUAAAAGAGUCCUUAUGGAAUUUAUCCAUAAGAAGAAGGCUGAAAAAGCUAGAUCAGAAAUGUUGUCUGAUCAAGCGGAGGCUCGUCGAACUAAAGUCCGAGAAGCACGGAAGCGUCGGGCAGAGCGUAUCGCCUCGAAGAAACAAGAACUUUUACAAUCGUAUCAGCGUGAAGAUGAAGCUGCUGCAGCACAGAAAAAAUAAUCUAAUUAAUUUUUAGCCUAUAAUAUGUAGUUUAAUUUUUCCUUGCCAUUUAAUUAAAUUAAAUGUAAAUUAAAUGUAAAUUAAAUAAAUUCAAUUAAAAUUGUUUAUCGCUUAUACAGUAUUGAAAAUUACAAUCUUUUAAUGUAUAAAAAUAGUUAAUGUCAUACAACUCUGUGUAAAUAUAAUUUUUAACAACUGAAGUUGGUCUUUGAUUCCCUAGAUAUAU